ACGUUUGCACCAUAGAAAACAAGUUGUUUGUAAUACAUGAAGUCGUUGCAUAAUACUGUUGUGGUACGACGUGGGAAUAAAGAGGAAUGUGACAUAUACUAUAAUUUAUGAUACGUUGAUAUGGUAUUGGAGACUUGUUGAGAAUAUUCAAAUAUUUGAUAAGGAUGAACACUAUAUCGCAGAUCUUUCUAUAUUCGAAGUUUGACGUCUUAUUCCAUAAAUACAAAGUUUAUGAGUCAAUUAAUUAGGUUAACAAAAAUAUUGAGAGACAAGAGCAGAACACGAGUUUCAGUCUCAUUUAGAGGGCACAAUUCUACUCGCUUUCCCAUGAAAUCUAGUGUGCAAAAAAUUUGGUUUGAAGACUGUGAUUGUAGAUCAAUGAGAAAUUUAGGAAGCAAAAAUAAGAGAUUCUGGUCUUUGAAUCUUGGACUGUGUCAUUUUGAUACAUAGCAAAAGAAGUACGUGGCACAUGCCCCGUCUAACUUCUUUUCUUUAGCAAAAUAUAAAACAAAGACCAUUCCCUUUAUGUAAAAAUAAAAUGAGAAAUUUAUAGAAUAAUACACUUUUCUAAACUUACUUUAUAUCAUUAGACACUUUCUACUACAUAUAUACUUGGGCAAUUGUCAAUAAUAGCACCUUUUGAAGUUUUCCUUCCCAAACUAGCACUCAGGAUCAGAAGUCACAAAAAUAGGUUUCAUUAAAGAGGUAAUUUACCUUUAUACCCUUUGUUAUAAGAAUAGAAAAAAAAACAUUUCAUUUCAUUCGAUCGCGAAUCGUGUCGUCUCCUCUCGGGAAUCUUCAAACCCUCACCGGCACUGUCGUCUCCGACUCGGGAAUCGUCGUCUCCGGCUCGGGAAUCAUCUUCUCCGACUCGGGAAUUGUCGUCUCCGGCUCGGGAAUCAUCUUCUCCGAUUCGGGAAUCGAAGUCUCCGGCUCGGGAAUCAUCUUCUCCGGCUCGCUAAUCGUCUUCUCCGGCUCGCUAAUCAUCUUCUCCGGCUCGAUAAUCAUCUUCUCCGGCUAUCUAAUCAUCAGCGUCACACUCUCUACUCUCAAAAUCGGUAACUUUUUAAAAUUAGGGUUUUUGAAUUAAAAUUUGGGAAGCUUGCGUUUUGAUUUUGAUUUGUGUGUUACUCGUUCUUAUUAACAAGCGAAGCAAAUGAAGACUUUUGUGUUGUUUUGUAUUUGUGUUAUUUCAGGAAAGCCUUCCAGAAAAGUUUGAAAUUUUUUUUUUCCUUGUUUACGCAGGAUAGAAACAAGAUGGGAGAUUCAGUACCUCUAAAACUAGCACUGCCAGAGCUGAAGUAUCCUAUUGGUUCACAGCCAAAAGAAAAGUCAGCAAUCAACCAAUACUCUGGUUCAGAUUAUAUCUCUAUUGUCAAAAGCAUCCUAAAACCAGAUGAGAUGAUAAGAGUCCGAGGAUCAUUUCUGGGACCUGUAAUGAAGCUCAGUGAGAGAGGAUUGAAGUUAUCAGCAAAGAUAGUCUACGCCAUUCUCACUAGAAGCAUCGUUUCUGUCAAGGAGAAUGAAGCCUGGUUCCAUUUCGGUGCGCAGCCAAUGAGGUUCUCUAUAAGAGAAUUUCAUAUGAUGACAGGCUUGAAAUGUAGUGGUGCAUUAGAAGGACCACGAAGGGAAACCGAGAGAUUUAAUUGGGAAUUGCUAAAGGGGCGUAGUCAUAAGUUAAGUGACGUGGUGGACCAGCUCAGAAACACAAGAGAAGAUGCUUCUGAGGAGAGAAUAUGCCUCGCAAUGCUCAUCCUGGUAGAGAGCAUAUUAUUGCGGAAGAGCAAAGGAGGGAGUUUUCCUUUGGAAUAUGCGAAAAAUGCACAGGAUAUGACAUAUCCAUGGGGAAAAGAGGCUUACAUUGUGCUCCUGAAGUCAAUUCAAAACGCUGUCGCGAAUCAUUUGGAGAAUAAAUCCAAAUUUGAGUUGCAAGGUUAUCCUCUAGUAUUCCUUCUUUGGAUACUAGAGUCGAUUCCUUUGCUAAGGAAUAAGUUCAGUAAGUGUGUACCAACAGUUGAGGUUCCUGGGCCGACUUACUUGUGUGAAAAAUACACUGAGAUAGAGAAUCCAUCACUUGAUAGGGUUUUACAGGUUGAAGCUGAUACAAAGCUGAAGGUCCAUUGCAUACUACCUUCUAUUCCUCAUGAUCCAGAAGAUGAUAUCUCCAUUGAAGACAAAUAUAGUGACGAGUUGGAAACAGUGAAAGAUGUAACAAAGAAAGGGUACAAGAUUACAGCCGAUGACUGGGAAAAUAGGUGUGUAGACACAUUUGACACAUUGGAUGCUCUUAUUCAAAUGAUGGCAAAUAAGGAGACUGGCCAAGCUUCUACUCCGAUUGAUGAGGAUUCAGUAAAUGAAAAAGUGAACAGGAUCAUCACGGUAAUGGAGGAGAAUCUGAAGAGCAUGAAGGAUCGAAUGUCAUUACUGGAAGAAGAAAACAUACAUCUUAGAGCUCGUGUGUCAGAGUUGGAAGGAAACAGCAAUGUUUUUCCCACUAACGUGACACAAAAGGUAAAUUCUCAAAACAUCUUCUUUUACAUUUGCAUUUUCAAGUAUUUUUUGGAAGAUCUUGUACAUAUUCUUGAAUGCCUUCCUAAUAUUUGACAAACAGCGAUCCAGUGGGACACCUUU